GACUCCGUUACCCCCUUGUCGGCGGCAAAAACGAUGUCGAAGGGGUUUGGAAACGAAAGUGCGACGCUGCUGAUUCAGGACGGCUUUGGCCACUGUUCGACUGCUCAUCCUUCGAUUUGUACUGCGAAAGCUAUUGCUGCAUACUUCCACGAAGGUGUCGUUCCCCAAUAUGGAACGAAGUGCAAGUCGGAU